AGAGAGAGAGAGAGAGAGAGAUAAUGCUAUGGCUCAGAAUCACCAACCCGUCAUGGAGAUAACGAUAAUAUCAGCGCGAGGUUUGAAGAAAAGCAGCUUCUCGCCCUACGCCCUCUUCUCCCGCCGUCUGCGGCCCUUUCUCAUUCUCACCACCGGCACCGUCCCGCCGGAGAACAGCCACAAAAGCAGCCACGUGUACAAAACGAGGGUGGACGACGGCGGCGGCCCCAACCCCACGUGGGGUGACAAGUUCAACGUCCCCAUAGAAUACUCCUCCCCCGCCUUCAUUUAUCUCCAAAUCUUCUCCAAACGUCUAAUGGCGGCUCCCACCCAACUUGGCUGGUGUCACAUUCCGGCCGCCGACGUAGCCGACGGCCUCCACCCAGAUGGCGCUGUUCGCCGCCUCAGUUACCGGCUUCGGGCUUCGGACGGCUCCAGAGGUCACGGCGUUGUCAACAUCGCGGUUAGGCUGGUGGGUCAGCUCCCAUUUCCCGGUCAAAGGCCGUCGGGUUCGGACCAGACGCAGUUCACGGCGGCUAACCAGGAGGGGACGGUGAUCGGCAUUCCGAUGAUUGGGUCGUGGCGAGGUGCUGGGUCUUGUUUGUGAAGGAACUGGGCAAGAGACAUGUUCUUCUCAAAAAAAGAAAAAAGAAAAAAACCUUGACGUGAUUUGAACCGACGUCAAUGUGUUAUAAUUUUCUUUGUUAACGAGUGAUUUUUUUUUCUUUGUUUUUGUGGAAUGCUGUGGAUUGAUUUGGGGCAGGUUUGGAUAAAGCAGAGGAGCUUUCCUUCUCAUAUUUGAUUAAAUAAAAAAAAAAAAAUCUUAUUAACCGUGAA